AUGGCGGGAUCCUUAACGUGGUCAUGUACUUGUUGCCUGCGGUUCAAGUUCAGCCCCGAGGAGAUCGAGCAGCGUUACAAAAGUCAAGAAAUCGAUCGAAUGCUGGAGAAGGAUCGUCAAACUCUUCGGCGACAGGUUAAGCUGCUGCUCCUCGGGGCAGGCGAGAGCGGAAAGUCGACAUUCCUCAAACAGAUGCGAAUUAUUCACGGAAUUAAAUUCGAGCCUGAAUUAAUUAAAGAAUAUCAACAUGUAAUUUACCAAAAUAUAAUUAAAGGAAUGAAGGUCUUAGUAGAUGCUCGUGACAAGUUAAAUAUUCCAUGGGAAAACUCUAAAAAUUAUGAUAUUGGUUAUCAGUUAUUGAAAUUUGAAAAUACUAUGGUGUUGGAUGCUAGAUUGUUCCUUCAUUACGUACCAGCUUUGCAAAGUUUAUGGAAAGAUGCAUCGAUCAGAAAAGCCUUUGAUAGAAGAAGAGAAUUUCAAUUAAGUGAUUCAGUUCAAUAUUUCUUGGAUAAUCUUGACAGGAUUGCAAGAGUGGAUUAUGUACCUACACAUCAAGAUAUAUUACAUUGCAGAAAAGCAACUAAAGGAAUUUCAGAAUUUGUCAUACAAAUUAAUAAUAUUCCAUUUCUGUUUGUUGAUGUUGGAGGACAACGAUCACAAAGACAAAAAUGGUACCAGUGUUUUGAUUGUGUUACCUCGAUACUUUUUCUUGUUUCAUCAUCCGAAUUUGAUCAAGUGUUGUUAGAAGAUAGAAGAACCAAUCGGUUGGAAGAAUCGAAAAAUAUAUUUGAUACAAUAGUCAACAAUAUGAUAUUUGGUGGAGUGUCUAUCAUUCUAUUUUUAAAUAAAACCGAUUUGUUAGACAAAAAAGUAAGAUCCCCUGAUACGAAUGUUCGUUGGUACUUUCCACAAUUCACAGGAGAUUCACAUUCCAUGAAGGAUGUGCAGAAUUUUAUACUUGAAAUGUUUAUAUCUGUUAAAAGGGAUCCAAGGAAACCUCUUUUUCACCAUUUUACUACUGCUGUGGAUACAGAAAACAUAAAAGUUGUAUUUAAUGCUGUCAAGGACACGAUUUUGCAUAGAAAUCUCGAGUCGUUAAUGCUCCAAUAAUGAUAAAUGUGAAUAAAAAGUGAAAUGACUUUUGAUCCAAACAUAUGCAUUCAACAUUUAGUGUUUGAUACAUAGUGAAGUGAAAUUAUAGUCAAAGAAGUAUUAAGAUGUCGAUUAGGAAAGAAUAUUCUGGUAAGACAAUAUAUAUUAUGUAUAUUGUAUUAAUGUAAAUCUCGUGAUUAUUUCCGUUUAUAACGGAAAAGUAAACGUUUUCAUAAUAGUUUUAUACAACAAAGGAAGUAAAAACUGCCUAAUGAAAACAUGAAUUGAAAAUUUUUAAUGCUCUAUAUACUAUAUAUAUAUAUAUACAUUGAUAAUAUAUUUCCAUCUUUUUGAUGAAUAUUGAUUACUAAAGGGUUGUAAGAAGACUAUUAUAUACAAUAUAUUGUACAUAGCAUCUUGUAUUCUAUACAUUGUCGAUAACAACGGUUUUACAUGUUUGUAUAAAAAAGGAUCAGUUUGCUAAUAGUUUAGUUAAGAUCUUUCUAUUUUGUACAGAUAUUUAAUCCAGUGCUUCUCUUUUAUAUUAAAGCAUAUAUAUUGGAAAUACUGGUCACAUAACCAGAACUCACAAACGUAAAAGUAACUUAUUUUAUACUUAAGAUUAAUUACUCUAUCUUUAAAAAUAUAUCUUUGUUAACACUGAAUAUUAAGUAACAAGAAAACCAAAUACUAGAUUCAUGCCAUAUAAACCAAAUGAAACUAACCAGUUUGUGUUCAAAUUGCCAUGUGCAAAAUUUGUUAAUAUUUUAAUGUAUUUUUCUUUCCUGAUUUGAUUUAAAGAUUAUAUACAGAAUUCUACUAUUUCGAGGUAGCAACAUAAUAUUUUGUACUUUUAUAUUUUUGAGUUUGUAUUUUCAGGAAUUAAAGUUUUGUUCCAUUGAGAAAUUGUGAAAAUUGAACCGUAAUUUAAGUAAUUAAUGUAAUUCUAAUAGUUCAUUACUUUUUGGUUUAAAAAUUUAAACAAAAGAAUCGCGAUAAUGAAUGUUUUAGUUCGUACGGAAUAAUUAAGUAACAUUUUGUUUGCUAACUUUUGAUUUUGAUAGCUGAUCCUUAAUUUGACAUUAUUCCUUUAAGAAAAAAUAUAUCGAUCAGUAUUAUUAUUUUUCUUGUAGAAAUCUUGAAAUAAAAUUGGUUUUUCAUUUUGAUAGCAAUUUUCCAGAAUUAUGCUUAUUAAUUUAUAAACAUAUGGCUUAUCAUUAUGUAAUUUUCUUUUUAAUACAAGUUUUUGUUCCCGCGUACUUUGUAAAUUAUAUGGCAUUGUAUUAUUAAAAUAAUUGCAAAAGAAUAAUUACAUCAAAAGAUUUGAUGAAUGAAGGUGAACUGAAAUUUUCUUAUUAUACAUGUCAUAAGAAUUGAAUGAUUACAAAUUUUCUAACACUAGGGAACAACUUUCUGAAUUGAGGAAACGAUUGUAAGCAGUACUAGAACCAAGGAUUUUAUGUAAUAAUUAUUAUGAUGAAACCAAAGAGUUUAAAAACUAAUGUCUAUAUAAUUUAUUUCCACUAGUUUAACAUAACAUCUAACUUUAUAACUAUUUUUAAAACUACAUUUAUGCACAUGUAUACAGUUAUUUCAUAUUUUUCUGUCUUGGUCACUUAUUACAUAAAAUCUUUGUUUUGAUUAUCUUUUGUAUUAAAGAGAACUGGAAAACUUAGAAUAUUUAAAAAAUUGCAUUUUGAAUCACUUGUGUUUGGAGCUAGUGGAACUGAAAAAUUAAUAUUGUUAUGUUUGUAUAUAAAAAUUUUAGAUAUAGUGUGGCAAUACAAAAUGUUAGAAAAUUCAAUUUUUGUAUGAUUUAUAUCAUGCAAAUUUAUUGUGAAAUUCUGAUGAUUGGUAUAUUUUCGUAGCUGACUUUACAUUCCUAUAAAGUUAAUCAGGUUUUAAUUGAUAUUCUUAGAAUACUUUUAAAUUAUAUUACAUCUUUAUAAUAUAGAAACAUAAUUAUACUGCUUCCAUUGAAGCAUUGUUUUGAUUUGAAUUUGGUAAAUUCAAAAUACGGUUUUAUACAGCUUAUUUGUCUCUCUGUAUACAAAACUUAUUCACUGAUACUCAUUGGGAAUAAUAUUAGUAACUUUUUAUAGAAAUAUUUUGUAGAAAAUACUCUUGGUACUUCAUCGAUUAAAAAUUUACCUGUGAAUUUAUAUAAGUACAAUGCAUAAAAUCAUUACAGAAAAUUGUCAUGAUACUUAAACUUUUCAUAAUACGCACAAUUCAUUUUGCAGUGAUAUAUAUGUAACAUUUACUUGUUUAAUUAUAUAACAAAGAUACUUACGAAAUUAUGAAAGAGAGCAUUAGUUAAUCGAAUUUUAUAUCAAUUUCUUUGCAUUUACAUGUAUUUUACGUUAGUUAUUAUACAAGUUUUCCUUUAAACUAUUACAAGUAGUAAUGAAAAAUAUUAAAAAUAACUAACUUUGUGAUAAAGUAUCGCGGAAAGCGAAAAAAACAGUGAUCUUUUAUAUUUCUAGAAAUGCGGAGAUUAUUUUAAUCUGUUCAAUUUGAUCAAAUUUAUGCAUUACAGUCUACACAAAAAAGUGGAAGUCAGAUGUCUUAUGAUUACUAUAUUGUUAACGAUACAACAAUAUUUUACAUACACGCGCACACAUUUUAAUUGACUUUAUUAUAAUUUGUAAUUAUAUUUACAUUAGGUACUUUUAAAUGCAUACCUACAUUCUCAAAUCAUGAAAAUGCAUUCGUACACAAUAGAUAAUAAUUACAACGAACAAAAACUGCGAAGUAGCUUUAUAUAUAGUUUACUAUAUUUGUACGUUUCUAACGAAAUUUAUUAUAAUGACAAUUAUUAUUUCUACAUAUUUAAUUGUCAUCAUAUUUAAAUUGUUUUUAAUGUUAUGCACAAAUAGUAAUCUACUGAAAAUCAUAAAAAAUAUUUGUCAUUACAAAAGGAAUUUUUUUAAAUGUAAAAGUAAUCAAUUAAAACAAAUGACAUUUGUAACUCGUUAAUUGUGAUUUAUCAAGGAACCAUAUGGAUAUACUCGCAAUAGGCUACAACAAUAAUGAAAUAUUUUUCUGUAAGUUUGUAUAAUACUAACUAAAAUAGAUAUAUAGAACAGUUUUUUCUCUUGACAAAUUAAUAACCAUGUACUGCAAGCUAUUUACAGAUAAUCUUUAAGUAAUUUGUAUGCGAAGCGCAAUAUUUUAAAAAAAAUUAAAAGUUUACUUUCACCUUACAAUAUACAGCAAUAAAGCUGUUUUAUUUGUUACAGAUAGUCACUUGUAUAUUCAAAUUUUAUUUGUAUUUUUCUGUACAUGAUCUAAAGAAUGUAGAUAUAUUGUGCCUUUUGUAUAUUGUAUAUUUGUAUAUAGACAUAUUUUACAUACAAUAUUGUAAUAAUGUAGUCUAUUCACAUAAACAAUAAAUAAAACUUCAGAGAAUGUUUAUUUUAUUUAAUGAACUUUUCACAACUCAUUAUAUUCUUUUCGUUUUUGUUUAAAUUAUUUCAACGUUUUAAGAAAAAUAUACUGCUUGUUACAAAUAAAAAUAUGCUGUGCAGUAUUAAACAAAAUGGCACACAAAUACGAAAAAAAUAUAUCUAUGUUUGCAUAUAUAUGUAUAUACAUAUAUAUGUAUUUAUACAAUACAUUGGUAUAUUUAUUCGUAAUAAAUUUUAUACAAAGUAAAGCACAUGCCUAUUUCGCAUAACUUAUUUAAUAAAAUGCACAAUAUUUACAUUUAUGCUAAAAAUUUAUAAGAUAAAUUUUUGUUGUUGCAAGUAUUUCAAAUUUUCUUUGUAUUUCAGCGCAGUAAAUAAUAUUAUGUAAUUGAUAUUUAUAACACAGAGAUGUUACACUUAUUUAAACAUCACAUUGGCAAUUGAUCUACAAUUAGUAAUUACAUUUUUUUAUAACUAUUAGCAUAUGUCGUAUAUUACACUAAUAUUUACAUCUUUUUUCAAUCGAUAAUAUUUUAAUAUUAAAAACGUACAAAAGUGAAAAUAUAAUUAUAUAUUUUUCAAAAAACAUGAGAUAUGUAAUCAUCAAGAGGCGCAUAGAAAGUUUAUGUAUAAUUUUACCAAAAUUUUGUAGCAAAUACAUCUUAAAAUUGGAUUGAAGGGUGAAUUAUAUAUUUAGUCUUUUAUAUAUCUAUUUUGUUUUUGUAUCGCAUGGCAAUAAACAAUGUGAAAAAUCGCUACUAUAUUCGAUUCAAUUAUAACGCAUAAUUUUAUUACAAUCCACGUAUAAUCUUCGAUUUAAUUGUUGUUGUUAUAAAUUUGAUUCUUGCUAUGUUGCUGCAAGUGAUGUAUUUUACAUUGAUAUUUCUGUUUUAUUUUAUAUUUUAUUUACUUAUGCGUUAUAAUAGAAGCGAUUGUACUGAUCCAUACUAUGUAUCUAUUCAUAAUAUUGAGCGCAUUUUGAAAUUCUGGCGGAAUGUAACAAGUUGUGUUACUUUUAGAUAUUGUGCGUAAUAAAAUAAAAAGUUCUUUCAAAAAUUUCACAUCAAAUAUAGACUAUCAUUGUGCGUGUUUGUUAUUUGUGUAUCGAAGAAUUGACCUUCAAACUUUGAGAAAAAUAUGCUGCAGUGCUUGCAUUUUUGGAAUUCGUUAUACUUGUAAAUGUAUUACUUUCGUAAUUAUCUCAAAAUAGUUAUUUCUGUCGCUUGGAAAUUUCAUUAAGGUUUGUAGGAUCUUUAUAUCCAUGGAAUGUUACGAUUUAAUUGGGAACUGUACCUUGCCAAAAGUCUUACAAAUAUGCAAAAGUAUACUUAAAUUUCUCGUAUGUAUUCAUUGUCGUUAUUACUACCGUCGAAUCUGCAUCGUCUUUUAUUCUCUCAUUUUUUUAGAAACUUUUUCAAAUAAACGAUUAACAGAUACAAAUUAAAUUGGAAUUAUAAAUAUUUCAAACGCAUAUAACAAUCAACAAUAAUUCAAUGGAAACAAUUUUUAUGUUCAAUUACUUAAAGGUAGUACUCAUAAAAAAAACAAUGCAAAAAUAAUAGUAUAAUUUUCCUAAAUGUGCUUUGCUCAAUUUUCUACAUACUAUGAUAUUUUGCAAACGUAUUUCAUGGUUACGUUCGCUAAAUUUGUACAAUAGAAAGAAUACGUAUUGAACAAACAGAAGAACAUUAUUAUGUUGUUACUGUGUGUUGAAUAUGUCAUGAUUCACAUUUUAAAUUCAAUUUUCCUUUGGAUCUCGAUGAAUUUAUAGCACCGUAUAAGUGACUUAUGUACGAAUAGUUCAAUAUCAAAUUCCAAUAUUUGCUUUAAAUUAUUAUAUCUACAACUCUACCAUGUUACAGUAAUGUCCUGUCAAUAUCUAAAAAAACAACCAUCAUUUCUCGAGCUAGAUAAAUACAUUAAAUAAGUUGUAAAUGGGAGAUGAUCAUGAAGGUACUGCCAUUCGAAGCUGCUAAACAAUGAGUAAUCACCUCGAUUGAUAAAACACGAAGUUUCUAUAACAUUUCCUUUUUCUCAGUGUAAAAGGCUACAAAGCACUGAUGAGAUUUUCCUGAUUACUUCGAGUGUUAUUAACUUGAUUAUUUUAUUUAACUCAAAAUAACCCGACUGCAUCAAUGUUUAGACUCAUUUUAAUCUGAAAGAUUCCUUCAAAUCCUUUAAAAUCCUUUUUAUGGAGAAACAGCAAAAAAGAUUCUGGAAAUUUCAUUUUUAGAAUGUGAUGAUUCAUAGUUUAUCGUAAGACUUGUUUUCCCUCUUUCUCACGUCUCUUCUCGGUAUAUGUUUGAUCAUUAGAGAUGAAUCCAGAUUCAUUAAUUCCAGUCUUCUCAGAUCCAAACGUCUUAACAGGACAUUACUGUACAUUUAUUAUUUAUAAAUUUUGGCUCGAUAAUGUAGCGCGCAACUCUUUCAUGCUUAGUAGUUUACAAGCAGUUUAUCACAUGAAAUUUUUAAAUUAUUUCGUUUUUUGAAUGCGAAAUAUGUUGAAAAAAUUCAGACGCUCUGGUAAAUGUACAUUCGCCGAGCGUUCAAAUUACAUUAUGUUGUAAUUUUUGGUAGGAGGUUAUAAAUAUUAAAUUAACACUUUCCUGAAAGAGCUUUACGUGAAAACGUUGAUGUACUAACGCAAGAAAUGUGGUGAAAAUUAUUUC